AGAGCGAGAGAAAAAGUUUGUUGGAGGAUUCUUCUCUCUCUUCUCUCUUUCUCUUCUUCUUCUUUAUCAUCUCUCUCCCUCCAAAGACGGCGACUGUAAUCUUAAAAUCUUUCCUUCAUCGUAAGAUCUCGCCGGAAAAAUAUUUUUUUUUUAAAAACCACUCAAAUCAGAUCUCUUAUAAGAUUCAAAGCUCAUAUCUUUUACCUUUAUUUCUUUCUCUUUCUCGUUUGGUGUUUUUUUUUUUGUUUCGGUUGUAUCUUAAACACGAAGGUGUAGAGAUUUUUCACCGUGGCUUAAGAAAACAGAGGAGGAAGAAAGAAGAAGAAAGAUGGAAGCUAACGGGAAUGAAAGCUUGGUGAAUCCGAAUCUGAGUCAGAGUCAGAGUUUGAGUCAGGAGAGAGAGUUUAUAAGAAGGCAUCAUCAACAUGAGCUUCUUCAGAAUCAGUGUAGCUCUACGCUUGUUAAACAUAUCAACGCUCCUGUUCAUAUCGUGUGGUCACUUGUAAGAAGGUUUGAUCAGCCACAGAAGUAUAAACCAUUUAUAAGUAGGUGUGUGGUGAAAGGGAACAUGGAGAUUGGUACAGUAAGAGAAGUCGAUGUUAAAUCUGGUUUACCAGCUACUAGAAGUACUGAGAGGUUGGAGUUACUUGAUGACAAUGAGCAUAUUCUCAGUAUCAGAAUCGUUGGUGGUGAUCACAUACUCAAGGUUUUUUUUUAUAUAUAUAAACCCACAACAACAAAAAAAACUUUUACUUUU